AAGCGCACACAUAAUGAAGACAGCGUAGAGCCCGACUCCCAAGGCCCUCCCCGUACGAAAUCACGACACGAUUCACCAGAAGCUUCACCGCCGGAGCCAACGAGAAUCCUCUCGUGGAAUGUAGAAACACCUGUUCCCUUCCUGCAGCUCCCCACGACCCAGGCACGAUCCGCCACAGGCGCAGGAGUCGUCGCAGGAAGCGACCCCGGACAGCUGCGCGACCUCCUCCGCCGCCACGACUUCCCGGACUUCGUGUGCUUGCAAGAAGUCCGCGCCCGCCACACCGACAAGCAGUGGAUCCCCGCGCUCCGGCUCGCCGCGAACUAUGGCGCGCACGACACGGGCCCAAAGUACACGCUCUUCCACUCGCUGAACCGCGCCCCGCGCGGGCAACGGCACUUCGGGGUCGCGACGUACGCGCGCGAGCCGCACACGGUCGUGGCGGCGCGCGAGGUCGAUUGGGACGCAGAGGGCCGGGUGCUGAUCCUCGAGCUGCAGGCGGGCUGGGCGCUCGUGAACGUGUAUGCGCUGAACGGGAGCGAGUACAUGUGGCGCGACCCGCUCGGGAACGCGGCGCCGAAGACGCGCAACGAGCGCAAGCGCGAGUUCAACCGGCUGCUUCUGGAGGAGUGUGUGGCGUUGCAGAGGCGAGGGCUGAGGCUGGUUCUUAUCGGCGACUUCAACAUCUCCCUGACGAAGCGCGACUGCUUCCCGCGGCUCCGCACGGAAUACCCGCAUGGGCUGGCGCGGGCGGAGUUCAGGGAGCAGUUCAUCCCUGGGCUAGAUGUGGUGGACGUGUUUCGUGAGAUGUAUCCACAAACGAGGGCGUACAGUUGGUUUGCGAAGGGGAAGCCGCAGGGGAAGGACUGCGCGCGGGUGGACUAUGCGUUGGUGGAAAGCGGCCUGAGGGAGAACGUGGUGGACAUCACUUACCUGGAGGAUCCCGCGGAGAGAGGGAAAAGCGACCACGCCCCGUUAUUACUCACCAUGAAGGGCAUG